AUGCUUAUGGAAGAUAGUGCUAGUGGGCUGUCCCUCUCAGCUGGUGAAAAUACAACGCAGGACUGUGUUGACAGAGAUCAAGGUCAAGAGGAACAAAAUGACAUAGGUGGAAUUCUUGACCUGUCAAGCCAUCCUGCAUGUGUGGAAGGAGCCGAGCACUCGCAGGUUGAAGAUGGCUACUCCAUGGAGAAUGAUACAGCUGAUGCUGGCCCUGAGCUUGAAGAAUUUACAAGGACCGUUGGUAUACAAGUGGACAGUGCUAACCUGGCACGAGGAAGGCAGUUCCAGCUGCUUUCAAUUAGCACUAUAGCUGACGAAGACGCUUUGCGAUGUGUGACCGGUAUAGGGACAUUUGACAUUUUCUACAUGCUAGCGGAUCUGUACACAGAAAUACGGCUGCUCCAGUCAUCUCGGAGCUUUUGUGUGGCUAAUGAAGAUGCAAUCUUACUUACAUUUGUAAAAUUGUACCACAAUGUGUCCUCCUCACUUUUAGCCGUACUGUUUGGUGUGCACAGGACUACUGCGUCUAAUAUUUUCAAGGAGUCUGUCCAAACACUUGCAGCAGUGCUACAACAUGCCAUAUUCCAGCCAACAAAGGAAGCUGUUCUGGCAUGUCUCACAAAAUAUUUCCAGCGCUUCAGCAGCACACGCAUGAUACUAGAUUGUACAGAGAUACCUCUACAGCAGCCAACUGAUCUGGCAUCACGACUGCUCACCUACAGCCAUUAUAAGAAAACGCAUACAGUCAAGAUACUAGUCUGUGAGACACCUGGGGGUCUUAUUAGUUACCUAAGUCCUGCAUAUGGAGGUCGGACCUCUGACACUCACAUUACGAAAGAGAGCAAAGUACUCGAAACAUGUGAACCCCACAUAGACAGUGUCAUGGUAGAUAAAGGAUUUCUCAUUGAUGACCUCUGUUCUGAGCAUGCCAUAAAGCUAAUUAGGCCGCCAUUUCUUAAGAAGAAAAAGCAGUUCUCUCCUCACGAAGCAGAACAGACACAGUCAAUAGCCAGUGCGCGAGUGCACGUUGAACGUGCGAUCCAGAGAAUGAAACUCUUCAAAAUACUGCAGCAAAGGUUUCCACUGGAGCUUCUGCCGUACAUUAACGAUAUCACGACAAUUGUUGCUGCUCUAGCAAACAUAGGGAAACCGAUCUUCAGUGAAAACAAGUUUCUGUUUACCGGAACAUGA